AUUAAUAGGCUAAUUUUGUAUUGCGCGUUUCUUUUCUUGCAAAUCUCUGAUUGGUUAUGUUAAUACAAAGAAAAGAAUGCGCGCGCAUGAGAAGCAAGCCGCGUGUAAAAACAGUCGGUAAAACGAUGCUAACAUUAGGAGACGGAACAAAAAGAAUUCUAUUUUUCGUGCUUUUAAACAAACAAAAAUAUAUCUUCUAAUCAAUUACCUUCAACAUUAUAAAAUUUUAAACAUCUUUUUAUAAAUAUCGGAUAAACGCGCCAUAUAUUUACAUACAUAUACAUAUACGUUGUACCGGGUACACUCGUUUUGGCGGUUCACUAGUUGCACGCGGCAGACGGAGGGUGAUAGUGAGAUCCACCGAUGUGCGAUAGCAUGCUUUAUCCGUGGAAUUGGGGCGAAGAAACAAGAAAUGUGAAUCUUAGCCCGGGCAGCUCGUGUUCUUCACCAGAGUACAGAGACCAUAGCGUGGUGGCUGCGCGUACUGGGUCUCGUUCACGUUCCGGAGGUUCCGAAAGUCACCGUCGUGGACGACCAAGAGCAGAUGCCCUUUCAAACCUUAUGAUGCAAGGAAGUACUUCGCCGAGUAGUAUAAAAUGUACUUAUUGCAGUCGUGUCUUCCCACGGGAAAAAAGCCUGCAAGCGCACUUACGUACCCAUACAGGAGAACGGCCAUAUCCGUGUGAUUAUCCUGGAUGCACAAAAGCUUUUACACAAUCAGGACAAUUAAAAACCCAUCAAAGAUUACAUACAGGAGAAAAACCAUUUCUAUGUACUGAACCUGGCUGUGAAAUGAGAUUUACACACGCAAAUAGGCAUUGUCCGGAUCAUCCGUAUGCUACUCUAACACGUUCUGAUGAUUUUGUAUUAAAACCGGUAUCAGAAAACACAGAAUUACCUCAUGACGUUACCAGAUGGUUGGAACGUUAUAAAAUGUUAAGGGAAAGGGAAGAUAGAACGCCAACAGGGAAAAAUGAACGUAAGAAGAAAACAUGGAAAAGUAGUUCUGAGAACCAUAAAAGAGUUAAAUCAAGAAAAGGCCUGAUGAUGGAUGCAGCGGGAGAACAAGAAAAUUUAGACUGUAAACCAACCAAUCAAAGAUUGUAUUGCGGAGAGAGUCAGGAUAGUCAAGAAGAGAGCCAGGACGAAGAUCCGGUAGAAACAUGUACCGGCUUACAGACAUCCGAAGAUGAGGAAAUAUCGACAAAGUUAGCGAGUACGCCUUUGAGAAGACCAUUAGACAGACUUCAACCAAAGAAAAGAUGGUUACGCGAAGCUUGCUUAGAGCAACAAUUAGCUAAACCUUUAAAUUGGGAUAGUAAAUCUACUAAUGUACCUACAACCACUUCGUUUAAAAUGAAUAGUAAUCAAAUACAGUGGAGUCCAGCUACUGAUAAUUCAUCUGUACUACUAUCUACAUCGUGUUUAAACGAAUGUAAAGUAAUUGAACUUCCUAAGUCAGAAUUACUCGUCUACUCUUACUCGUCUACACAGCUAUCUUGGGAUACAGCUCCUGAAAAUGAAUCUCUAGAAACAUCUGCAAACGAAGAACAAAAGUAUACAUUUGAAUCGUCGAAUACAUUAUCCCAUAAUAUCUGGAAUACUUCUCAACGAGAUACAAAUGACUUUUCAAAUAAUGCGCAUAGAAUGAAAAAUAGAAUUAAUGAUUCUCCUGAAUACCCAAAUCAUGGGUGUUGGAAUAAUAAUUCGGUAAAAGAUACCCCGAAACCUAAUGUAAAGAUUAUAGAUUUUGCUCAAAAUGAAUUAACUAAACAGAGUACCUUUAUGAAUUCUCAUAGCGAAAAUAUAACCAGACCAACUGUUUUAAUGUUAGCUGGAAGUUUUAACAAUAACAAUAAUAAUAAUAAUAACAACAACAAUAAUAACAAAGAUAGCAUGUCAAAAUUACCAUCGGUCGAGUCUGAAACUGGAUUGAAAGUGGUCGUUGUUAAACAGGAAGAUAGUACCAUCAAGUUACCACUUCCAGAGGACAGUCAAAAAUGGUUAGGUGCUUUAGCAUUGAUGGAAUUGGCCAAGAAUCAAGAAGAAACGGGAAAAAGUUUUAGUCCUAAACAGAACAAAGAUGAAUGCUCUUUAAAUUAUACCCACUUAUAGACUGUGAUUUUUUAAUUACUGUAGUUUUACACUACUUUUGUACGGCAGAAAAGAAGAAAAGAAGAACAUUGUCAUUUCUUCCUAUACAAUCGAGUAGUAUAUUUUAUAAUCUUUUUUUUUUUAUAUUUCUGUGUUCAUAUCAUCAUGUUACAAUUUCUUACAUUGAUCAUUCAUUAGAAUCUUGAUCUAAUGAUACUUGUCAUUAUGAAUAUUAAGAGUGGUACGAGUUUUGCCUUUUUUUCCUUUUAAUACCAACAAAAAUGAUUUUUUAUUUUUCUGAACAAAACGAAUAUGUAAAGAAAAGAAGAUCGUAAAAUGAAAGCAUGCAACAUUUUCUUAUAUUUGUUUGAACUUUCAUUAUUUUGAGCGGAUAAAAAACAACAAAAUUAAAUAGGAAAUUAAUAAUUUAUAUGAAAAAUCAAACGUCGUGUGUAUAUGUACAGUACAAGUUAUAAAUAUUAUCUGUGUUCCUAUGAAACGUAUUUCAUAAACAAGUACUUAUUGUACAUUACACAUGCAGCAACACAAAUAAUAUUUAUAAUAAUAUAAAUCUUUGUUUGUAUCUUUAGUAGUCAAUUUAAUAUUCAAUGACACUGAAUGUUUUAAAAUAUUGUAUUGAUAUACAAUAGAAAUUCUUUUAUACUUUUGAUUUUAAACAUACCAUAAGAUAGGUCAUGAAAUAAUUUAUGGAUAAGAAAUUCAUUGUGUUGUUCAUUUAUCUUCUUUGCCAAAUAUUUUAAGUAUUAUUUUCCCAUUACUUUGUAUUUUUCAUCUCGCAUAUUAAAUGAAAAGAUUUGUUGUAAUAACUGUUAGUUCUGCAGCUUUUAAAUAUUCUUAAUAAUUUUUAUUUUUAAAAAAUCACUUUUAUGUAACUGGAAUUUUAAUACAAGUUUUUUUAUGUUUCAUUUUCCAUGCUAUAAAGUUAUGAAAUAGUUGAUUUUUUAAGACGGUACAGUGAAAAUUUAUUUA